UAUCAAACACCUGCGUAGAGAGGGACCCCAUACCUAGGGAUGCGCGCAGGCUGAGAGAUCUGUUCGAACUAAUCUGGUCGAGGAUGAGAAGCAUGGCCAAACCUUAGAGGAUGUCUGGAAAUCGAGGCGCGGAACCCGUGCCAAGCCGCUUAGUCACCCUCUGGGUCACGUCACGCUCUCAACUCUACUCACUUCGAAGCUCAAGCUCCAACGAGUACCACAACCUCAAACCUACCUGCACCGCCCCACGAACUCUUCAAAAUGGCGGGCCACAAUAAAGGAGCGAUGCACCAGGAUCCGGCGCUCAUCAGAUACAACAGUAUGUGGACGAAUCGACAUAAGUACUUCCGAUGGACACCACGCACCGCAUGGAUCACGUUCGUGUACAUGGUGCUAGUUCCACUGCCGGUCGGUAUUGCGGGGUAUAUGACAGAGGGGAAGUACAACAUGCGUGGCAAGAGGAGGGGUGACCUUAUCUCAGAGUACUGAGUGCCACUGAUCAUGUGCUGGGGAUGAGGGGCUGGCGGUGAUGUAGUGCUGAAAAGUGGCCAAUGGCCAGCAUUGUGUAUAUAUUGGGCAACCACAUUAAACGAAAUAGUUCAACAA